GCAAAACGCCGCUAGCUUCAGGCUGCUGCUGCUCCGUACCUCUCGGCCCCGGUAAACAGUCUAAUAAAGAGGAAGCCCAGCAGUUUCCCAGGCCUCAACGGCGCGUGCCUGGAUGCAGCCUCACCUCGGAAGCUAUCUGUGGCCCUGAACAGCAGUUCCAAGGCGGGCAGAGUCGUUGGUCUUAGACUGCAAACCAGACCCAAGACUCCCUAGCCGGACAGAGCGGAUCGCUGCUACAGCUGCUGCCCCCCGCAGCGGAAAGUGCCCUUGAGCCCCGAGCGUUGUGUAUUGCUUCCCUUUGAAUUGCCCAGCACGGCCGCCACCCUGGAGAAUGGAAACCGAUAGAAAUCCUUGGCAGAUGCCAGUUGCCAACAAGAGUCAAAGUUCAGCUCUCUGAUGGAUAUACAAGCUGAAAAGUGCUCCCUCCAGCCAGCUAUACUUUUCCUUUUGAAGAACUGGAGAUGCGAAGCAGGAGCAACUCUGGAGUUCGUUUAGAUGGAUAUGCUCGGCUGGUUCAAAAGACCAUUUUGAGUCACCAGAACCCAGUUACAGGACUGCUCUCUGCCAGCACAGAGCAAAAGGAUGCUUGGGUUCGAGAUAACAUCUAUAGCAUUUUGGCUGUGUGGGGCCUGGGGAUGGCCUACAGGAAGAAUGCAGACCGGGAUGAAGAUAAAGCCAAAGCUUAUGAACUAGAGCAAAAUGUUGUGAAACUGAUGCGGGGACUUCUGCAAUGCAUGAUGAGACAGGUAGAUAAGGUCGAGAAGUUCAAGCACACACAGAGUACCAAAGACUGUCUGCAUGCCAAAUAUAACACAGCUACCUGUGGCACUGUAGUUGCUGAUAACGAAUGGGGACAUCUGCAAGUAGAUGCAACUUCACUUUAUCUUCUCUUCUUGGCUCAGAUGACAGCUUCUGGACUGCGUAUUGUGUUCACCCUUGAUGAAGUUGCGUUUAUACAGAACCUUGUGUUUUACAUAGAAGCUGCAUACAAAGUUGCUGAUUAUGGCAUGUGGGAACGUGGUGAUAAAACUAAUCAGGGCAUCCCUGAACUAAAUGCAAGUUCUGUAGGAAUGGCCAAAGCUGCAUUGGAAGCAAUUGAUGAAUUGGACCUUUUUGGAGCUGGAGGAGGGCACAAGUCAGUAAUUCAUGUUCUUCCAGAUGAAGUGGAACAUUGUCAGUCUAUUCUAUACUCCAUGUUGCCAAGGGCAUCCACAUCAAAAGAGAUUGAUGCUGGGCUGUUGUCCAUAAUUUCUUAUCCAGCCUUUGCUGUAGAGGACAUGAAUGUCGUUAAUGUAACUAAAAAUGAAAUUAUCACCAAACUCCAGGGAAGAUAUGGCUGCUGCCGUUUUAUUCGAGAUGGUUACAAAACACCAAGAGAGGAUCCAACUAGAUUACAUUAUGAUCCUGCUGAGCUCAAAUUAUUUGAGAACAUAGAAUGUGAGUGGCCUGUAUUUUGGACAUAUUUCCUAAUCGAUGGUGUAUUUAACAGUGACAGAAUUCAGGUACAAGAAUACAGAGAAGCCUUGGAAGCAAUACUCAUAAGAAAGAAAAAUGGGAUUCUUCUGAUGCCAGAACUGUAUGCUGUUCCUCUAGACAAGGUGAAUGAAGAGUAUGAGAAUCCUCACACAGUGGAUCGUGUCCCAGCUGGGAAGCUGCCUCAUCUCUGGGGCCAGUCAUUAUACAUCCUUAGUGCCCUCUUAGCUGAGGGUUUUCUGGCUCCUGGAGAAAUCGAUCCUUUGAAUAGGAGGUUUUCAACUGCUUUUAAGCCUGAUGUUGUAGUUCAAGUGACUAUUCUUGCAGAAUCCAGUGAAAUUAAGGAACUGUUGAGACAUCAUGGAAUCAAUGUCCAAAGUGUUGCUGACAUUAAUCCAAUAAGGGUGCAGCCAGCACGGAUCCUGAGCCACCUGUAUGCCAAGCUUGGCCGCAAUAAACACAUGAAAUUGAGCGGGAGACCUUACCGACAUAUUGGUGUCUUGGGAACAUCCAAGCUUUAUGUUAUAAGAAAUCAAGUAUUUACUUUUACUCCUCAGUUUACAGAUCAGCAUCACUUCUAUUUGGCCUUAGACAAUCAGAUGGUUGUGGAGAUGCUUCGAACAGAACUGGCUUAUCUUACUUCGUGUUGGAGGAUGACUGGGAGACCAACUCUUACGUUUCCAAUUACAAACACAAUGCUUAUUAAUGAUGGUUCUGACAUAGAUCCAGCAAUUCUAGCCACCAUACGAAAACUUGGGGAUGGAUACUUUGGAGGAGCUAGGGUGAAGUUGGGUAAACUUUCAGACUUCCUUACCACUUCGUUCUAUACAAACCUAAGUUUCCUGGAUCCAGAUUGUGAUGGAAAACUAUUUGAUGAUUUCAGUGAAGACUAUUCUAGUCCUGAAAGUGGCUAUGAACUAGAAGAUUAUACAGACUUUGGUGACAAAGAAAGCCAAGAUGAACUGGACCACUAUAUACACAGUAUGUUGCAGAGCACGGCUCUUAAAUCCUAUCUGCCACCAAUCUCGAAAGUUUCCAGUUCACCCCAUGUGUUUAGUGCUGCUCAUUCCACAAGAGAGAUAUUGUCAAUCAUGGCCAAGGCAAAGGGCUUGGAGAUUCCAAGUGUUUCAAUGUCUUUGCCUAUGAAGGUUUUAAACACACACCGGAAAUCUCUGAACCUUGUUGACUCCCCUCAUCCAGUGAAGGACAAACAGGAGCCAGAGGCAGUUCUUCAUUUACCCAAGGAUGAUCAUGGCGAUUUGGACUGUGAGAAGUUAGUUGGGCAGCUCAAGGAAUGCCCCACUUUACAUGACCAGGCAGACAUAUUAUACAUCUUGUACCUAAUAAAAGGCCUUGACUGGGAAACACAGCUUUAUGGGCAGUGUGGAAUCACUGUUCACUGUCUUCUGAGUGAGCUCUACAGCAAAGCAGGCUUGAACCAGGAAUGGGGCUUGAUCCGCUACAUCUCUGGCAUACUCAGGAAACGUGUGGAGGUCUUGGCUGAGGCAUGCACAGACCUUCUGUCACACCAGAAGCAACUGACAGUGGGUCUGCCACCUGAGCCACGUGAAAAAACAAUCACCGCUCCUUUGCCACCUGAACAGCUUAUUCAGCUUAUCUAUGAAGCUAGUGGAGAAGACAUAAGCAUUGCUGUUCUUACACAGGAAAUAAUGGUGUAUUUGGCCAUGUAUGUCCGGUCACAGCCUAGUCUCUUUGCAGAGAUGCUCAGACUUCGCAUUGGUCUCAUCAUUCAAGUGAUGGCCACAGAACUGGCUCGCAGCUUGAAUUGUUCUGGUGAAGAAGCCUCUGAAAGCUUAAUGAAUCUAAGUCCCUUUGAUAUGAAGAACCUUCUUCACCAUAUUCUCAGCGGGAAAGAAUUUGGAGUCGAAAGAAGCAUGCGCCCUCUUGAUUCCUCCACGUCAAGCCCCGCCAUAUCUAUUCAUGAAGUAGGCCAUACGGGAGCAACUAAAACAGAAAGAAGUGGCAUUACGAGGCUGAAGAGCGAGAUGAAGCAGAGGCAUGGAAGACUAAGUAGUAGUGAACAGUUCUUCUAUGGGGGCCAUUCCACAUCCAGCAGCAUGCAUUCUUCCAGGUCCAUGAGAUGCAGUAGUCCUUCUUCUCCUACUAGCACAUCUUCCCUGACGGGCUCUGGUGGACACUGCAUCAGUUGGGGUGAUCGUCAAGGGCAGUGGCUUCGCAGGAGACGACUUGAUGGUGCUAUUAAUAGAGUCCCUGUUGGCUUCUACCCCAAAGUGUGGAAGAUCCUUCAAAAGUGUCAUGGUCUGUCCAUUGAUGGCUAUGUCCUUCCUUCGUCAACUACAAGAGAGAUGACUGCUUGUGAGAUCAAGUUUGCUGUCCAUGUUGAGUCAGUGCUGAACCACGUACCCCAGCCUGAAUACAGGCAACUGCUAGUAGAAGCUAUCCUUGUGCUUACAGUGUUAUCUGAAAUAGAGGUGAACAGCAUUGGGGGUAUAAUUCACAUAGAUCGGAUAGUGCACAUAGCAAAUGAACUCUUUCUUCAGGAGCAGAAAUCCCUUGGAGCAACUGAUAGUUUCCUGGAACGAGACCUAGCCACGGGGAUCUGCUACUUUUUGUACGACAGUGCUCCAAGUGGUGCUUACGGGACAAUGACUUAUCUGACAAAAGCAGUAGCAAGCUACCUACAAGAGUUUCUACCAACUACAGGAUGCCUAAUGCAAUAAAUUGUCUAAAGUACAACCACUAUUUAAAAACAAACAAACCAUUUUUUAUGGUUAGGGUGCUCUCCUCCAAAUGACACCUGGAGAUCCCCCACUAUUACAAUUGAUCUCUAGAUGACCAAGAUCAGUUCCAAUGGAGAAAAUGGCUACUUUGGAGGGUGGACUCUAUGGUAUUAUACCCUGCUGAGGUCCCCUUUCCCCAGGUUCCACACCACAAAUCUCCAGGAAUUUCCCAGACCAGAGUUGGCAACCCUAUUUCUGGUUCUAGAACUUGCUUCCUUAAAUACCCUACACUGUUGGCAUUUUGUCUCAACGCUGUGCACUACUUGACUAUUAGAGAGGACACUGGCCUGUAGAUGAUAUUAUUGUCAUUAUAUGGACAAUACCUUGGUUGAGUGUAUAUAACAUUCUAGAUCUGCUUCAGCUAGACACAUGAAAUUAAAUACUGUGUAUCAGGAUAGAAAUAUAUGUUUGGGGAUUCUUCAGCGCUCAAUAAUAAAAUGUCUCUCUAGUUAAAAAAAUAAACCGUACUUAUGUUUCAAGUUCA